AUGACCAAGUUUGUUGCGAAGAAAGCCCUCCUGCUGCUCUCCCUGCUCCUACUGGGCAUGGUUGAGGCCAAGUCACUGGAUCACCAGGAACAGGAUCAGGAUCAGUAUGUUCGAAAGGAGCGUCAGCUGAGGAUGGCUGCCUCAGCAGAUCCGGAUGUCAAGAUGGUGGCCAAUGUGACCCCAACGACAGCAUCUCAACCCAUGCAGAUGUCCAUGGGCAUGGGUCUACCGAUGAACCAGAUGGCACUCGGCUCCGUGGGCAGCCAGUUGGUGAGGUAUCCCAACUAUCCUGGCCUCAUUUAUCCUGGCAUUGGACCGCAACCUGGCCUCAAUGGCUUUCCCGGCCUUCAGGCGAACAUUGCCAACAACUAUCCCUCGUAUCCGGAUCCCAAUCUGGCAGGAUCAGCUCCUGGUUUCAACCCCUAUGGCUCCUUUGGCUAUCCCGGUGUGCCGCCCAUGUAUGGCAGCUCCCCACUGACGUAUCCCAAUCCCCAGCUGCCCAAUGGAUUUGUGCCCAAUCCUGCAGUGGACAACUUCCAGUCGCUGAACAGCAUCGUCAACAUGGCCAAUGCCCAGGGAUUGGGUGGCGGAAACUCCGGACUAUACCCGGCACCUCAGGGAUUCGGUGGUGUCAACUCGGGACUCUAUCCAAACCCAAGCCCCCAGGGAUUCGGUGGAGCUAACUCGGGAAUAUAUCCAGCACCUCAGGUCAACAUGCAGGGAUUGUAUCCACCACCCGGUGGGUUCCUGGGGCGCAUGAACAUGCAGGCCUAUGCCCCGGGAUUUUAA